UCGGAGCCCGCCCGGGCGGCCGCCGGACGCACGGACUGAGGACAGACAGCGCCCGGAAGCCGCGCCGCCCCUGCCAGGUGCCUGACUGACAUCCUUCCCCUGGGGGAGCUGGUGUGGACGGAGGAGGGGUGUGCUGGUCACCAUGACAACAGAGACAGGCCCGGAUUCUGAGGUGAAGAAGGCUCAGGAGGAGACCCCACAGCAGCCUGAGGCAGCCGCUGCGGCGACCACCCCUGUGACCCCUGCAGGCCACGGCCACCCCGAGGCCAACUCCAAUGAGAAGCACCCGCCCCAGCAGGACACUCGGCCUGCUGAACAGAGCCUAGACAUGGAGGAGAAGGGCUAUGGGGAGGCUGAUGGCCUGUCAGAGAGGACCACGCCCAGCAGAGCCCAGAAAUCACCCCAGAAGAUUGCCAAGAAGUACAAGAGUGCCAUCUGCCGAGUCACCCUGCUUGAUGCCUCUGAGUACGAGUGUGAAGUGGAGAAACAUGGCCGGGGCCAGGUGCUGUUUGACCUGGUCUGUGAGCACCUCAACCUCCUGGAGAAGGACUACUUCGGCCUGACCUUCUGUGACGCUGAUAGCCAGAAGAACUGGCUGGACCCCUCCAAGGAAAUCAAAAAGCAGAUUCGGAGCAGCCCCUGGAAUUUUGCCUUCACGGUCAAGUUCUACCCCCCUGAUCCUGCCCAGCUGACAGAAGACAUCACAAGAUACUACCUGUGCCUGCAGCUGCGGGCGGACAUCAUCACGGGCCGGCUGCCCUGCUCCUUCGUCACACAUGCCCUGCUGGGCUCCUACGCUGUGCAGGCUGAACUGGGCGACUAUGAUGCCGAGGAGCAUGUAGGCAACUAUGUCAGUGAUCCGUUUGCCCCCAACCAGACCCGGGAGCUGGAGGAGAGGAUCAUGGAGCUGCACAAGACAUACAGGGGCAUGACUCCAGGAGAAGCAGAAAUCCACUUCUUAGAGAACGCCAAGAAGCUUUCCAUGUAUGGAGUAGACCUGCACCAUGCCAAGGACUCCGAGGGCAUUGACAUCAUGUUGGGAGUCUGUGCCAAUGGCCUGCUUAUCUACCGGGACCGGCUGAGAAUCAACCGCUUCGCCUGGCCCAAGAUUCUCAAGAUCUCCUAUAAGAGGAGUAACUUCUAUAUCAAGAUCCGGCCUGGGGAGUACGAGCAGUUUGAGAGCACAAUUGGCUUUAAACUCCCAAACCACCGGUCAGCUAAGAGGCUGUGGAAGGUCUGCAUCGAGCACCACACAUUCUUCCGGCUGGUGUCACCUGAGCCCCCACCCAAGGGCUUCCUGGUGAUGGGCUCCAAGUUCCGGUAUAGUGGGAGGACCCAGGCACAGACCCGCCAGGCCAGCGCCCUCAUUGAUCGGCCCGCGCCCUUCUUUGAGCGUUCCUCCAGCAAACGGUACACCAUGUCCCGCAGCCUUGAUGGAGCGGAGUUCUCCCGCCCAGCCUCGGUUAGUGAGAACCAUGACGCAGGACCCGAUGGUGACAAGCAAGAGGAGGAUGGCGAGUCUGGGGGUAGGCGGUCAGAGGCCGAGGAGGGAGAGGUCAGGACUCCCACCAAGAUCAAGGAGCUAAAGCCGGAGCAGGAAACCACGCCAAGACACAAGCAGGAGUUCUUAGACAAGCCAGAAGAUGUCUUGCUCAAGCACCAGGCCAGCAUAAAUGAGCUCAAGAGGACCCUGAAGGAACCCAACAGCAAACUGAUCCACCGGGAUCGAGACUGGGAACGGGAGCGCAGGCUGCCCUCCUCGCCCGCCUCCCCCUCCCCCAAGGGCACUCCUGAGAAAGCCAAUGAGCCUGUGAAAACAGAAACCAUGACUGUCAGCAGCCUGGCCAAGAAGAAGAUUGAGCCAGAGGCUGUACUGCAGACCAGAGUCACCACUGUGGACAGCACCCAGCAGGUUGAUGGGACUGCCCCAGGGGGAAAGGAGUCCAUAACAACUGCUCCCUCCAUCACCACGGAGACCAUAUCAACCACCAUGGAGAACAGUCUCAAGUCCGGGAAGGGGGCAGCUGCCAUGAUCCCAGGCCCACAGACGGUGGCCACGGAAAUCCGUUCUCUUUCUCCGAUCAUCGGGAAAGAUGUCCUCACCAGCACCUACGGCGCCACCGCGGAAACCCUCUCCACCUCCACCACCACCCAUGUUACCAAAACUGUGAAAGGGGGGUUUUCUGAGACGAGGAUCGAGAAGCGAAUCAUCAUCACUGGGGAUGAAGAUGUUGAUCAAGACCAGGCCCUGGCAUUGGCCAUCAAGGAGGCCAAACUGCAGCAUCCUGACAUGCUGGUAACCAAAGCUGUCGUAUACAGAGAAACAGACCCGUCCCCGGAGGAGAGGGACAGGAAGCCACAGGAAUCCUGACCUCUGUGAAGAGAUGCUGGCGUUUCUGGUCCAACCCAAGCCAGAGAACCGUCAAGAAGGGGCCUUCAUUCUGGAUUCUCCGACUCAACACCGAAGUCCCAGCUGUGACGUGCUGUCACCGAAGAGGGACUGGGAAAGGAAAAGCAUAUAUAUAUAGAUAUAUAUAGAUAUAGAUAUAUAUACAGGAAACACCGCGUCCUUGCACUGCUGCUGGGGCUGGCCGAGCAGUCGGCCAACAGCAACAACCAACAUCUGAACGCCUACAUUUCCUUUGCAGACACAUUGAAGAAUUGGUGGGACUUUUCAGGAAAAAAAAAAAAAAUUAUGACAAUAAUCUCUUGCUCCCCCUUUCGAAGCCCCAUGGAACGCCAGAAGCAAGCCAGACCACAAUGAUUGUAGGAGUCCAACACGACCCUGGUUCUGCACGUUACACUGAGCGGACGAGCAUUCCAUUUGUUCUGCGGCGUGUUGCCCACUCCAAUGCAAAGGAAACACUUCUGCAGCAAAGCAAGAGAAGUCGCAGCAGCAAGACACCCACCGUCAACCAUUUGCCGAGAAAGAAAGAAACCCACCCCCCCCAAACCCCCACUCAGAAAGGAGGAAGAACACUGGAUUGUUAUUUUUUGGGUCUUGACACUGGGCUGCAAAAUCCACCUUCCUUUCUUCCACCUUCCCUCCCCCUGACUCACGUGUCUUAUGGUCAUUUCUGUCUCGGCUGUCUCCUCCCCCUCCCCCCCCCCCACUGCGUUCCCCCCCCCCCCACCUCCCUCUGUCUCCUGGUCCUGCUAAGGGCCACUGCAGAUGACUCUGGUUUGAAACAAGAAAAAGAAAAGAAAGCAAGAACAGAAAACCCAGCCACAGGAAGGGGAAGUAGACAUUUUAUGUUUAUGGGUUCUCAUUGAAGGUGCAGCUUGUAGGAAAUGUGUAUGGAUGUGCUUUUAAGUUAUGUAUAUUACAUAUAACAGGAAACAAAUAUUAAAAUAAACAGUGCUGGUAAGUAUGAAGCUGACAUUUUAAAAUUAUAAUUAUCCGACUGUGAUUGAUGUAUCCCAAGGUUCUUAGAUCUCCCUGAACCGGCCCAGCCAAGGAGACCAGGACUCUGGCUGUGGGUUGCUCACAGUAGGAGCUGACGGUUCGGUGUAGUAAUACAGUGUGUGGUAUUUGUAAUUGGUUGAUUGGUGGGGAGGGGUGGGGUCCCCAGAUGGAGGGGCAGGGGUUUGGCAAGAAGGAAGAAACACAGAUGUAGCCCAAGAUGCCUUCUCCCCUCGGGCAGUAGCCACCAGGGCCUGGUCUAUGCUCAGGUGUGGGGUCCAGAGUUAGGAUUCUGCUACCUCCCUAGGGAAAUUGCUUCAGUUUUCAGUCUUCUCUUUUUUUUUUUUUUUUUUUUUUUUUGGCCACAUGUCUUUUCCCUGACCACAUUGUGACAUCUGACUCCCCAUCCAGAGGGAGGUGAUGCCCCUGGCCGCUGCAGAGGAUUGUGGCUUUAAUUUGGCUGUCUGGAGAGUCUCAGCUCACUCUUAUCCUCUGCCCUUCCACAUUCAUUCUCUUCCUUCUGGGCCAAAGCAGCCAUAGAGACCAUGGACACAGGGCAGGCCCUGAUAGGUCAAAACUGCAUUUCCAAAGGCUUUGCCUGCGCCUGAAUAAGCUGAGGGUGAAAGGUGUUGUUGCUCAAAGCCUCCAUCCAUGUAUAAGACGCUGGCUUCAGAAACCUCCCCUUCAGCCAGCAUCUGAGCUCUGAGCCUGUAUCCUCGGAGUCCCCCAAAUUGCCUCCAGAUCACAGAAGCUCUUGGAGAAAGUCCCAUCAAAAGCUUGGCAUUGACCUCUGGCACACAUGGUCUUUCCCAGGCUUGCCUGCCAUGAGCUGCUUCUCUGAGCUCACGGAGUCUUCUUUGGAGGAAAUGUGUCCCCACUACACUUUAAUUUCUCAGUCCCAUCUUAUCUCCCCAGUCCCACCACUAAAGCAGUCAUUAAAUUCAUUCAACAAAUAUUUUAUUUAUUGAGUACCUACAUGUGCCAGGCAGUAUCCUUGGGCUGAAGGAGAGAAUAUGGGGGAGGGGAGGGACCCGGAAGUCCUCUGAGCCAGCCUUACAUCUUCAAUCAUGGCUUGCCCCUCUGAGAUUCCCACAUUCUCUCCGAGUAUUGGCCAUUGCCCAGCGAUACCCCCCAGAGGGCCCAGGCUUACUUACCAGUUACCCCAGUGACUUAUGUGCUUAGUUUGCUAAGCUGGUGCUGACCUGAGGCAGGACAGGAAACCAGAACAGCGUUUGUCUCUGUGGGCAAAAAUGGGACAGAGAGCAGGCAGGGAGAGUCCUGCACCUGGGGCUCAGUUGGCAGAUUCAGCCACAUCCUGCCAGGAGCAAGGCUGGUGGCCCGCUCCAACUUCCCCUGAGUGCGACAGCUCACUUUCCACGCACCAGGUUCUUUUUACCAUCCUGGUGGAGAAGCCACAGAACCUUCCCUCCCCGCACCGCCCCCCCCCCCCACCCUCCACACACACCUUGAGAGCUCCCAUUCUUUCUGGGCCAUGAGCCAGAGUGGCUCCACCCUCCCUGGGCCACCUGGAAUUUGGCUCAGGCACCCCUGCCAGGCAUCAUGACCACACUGGUCACACCAUGGAGGGAGAAUAUUGUUCUGGGUUCUACACCUCAUUAUAAGCCCCUGAAUGUGUGGUUUCAGGGCAGGGAUGAAGUGACCAGAUUUAGCUUGUGGGCCGGCCAGGGUUUGUGGAGAUCUCCAUCCCAUGGAUGUUGUGACCUUCCUUCCAUGGAGAGGCAGGCAGUGCCACCAGGGAGGAGGGGAGCUGCAAAGCUAAAAUCUAGGGCACUGUUUCCUCCCCAUCCUCCUCUUCAUAGGGAAUAUAGAUGUUUGUCUUGUCUGCCUUCAACCUACUUUUCUGUUUUUCCUUUUUACAUUUCUCAUCGUUUCUGUGCUGCCUUUCCACCCAGGAGACCAUGUAGCAGAGUGGAAAAUGUCCUGGAGGGUAUCCUGGCUCAGCCAUGUGACAUUGGACUAGUCCCAUCCCACCCCCAUCCCCUUUUGGGCCUCAGUUUCCCCACUUACAAAUGAGCAGGAUAAACCAGAGGCUCUCCAGGGGCUUUUCCCAGUCUGCUGUCAUACAGAUACUCAUUUUCUCUUAUUUUGCUUUCUCGGGAUCUUUUCCAUCUGAGGGUACAGGAAGUGCCAGGACCUGUUUUCAGUUUUUGAAUCCUGCAAGCACAUUCCAAGACUGGCCUGCAAUUGCAUGAGCAACAUCACUCUAAAUAAUUUUUUUUUUCAAAAGCACCUUACCAACCAACUGCGAUGCUGUCCUGUUCCUUUUUACUCACACCCCUCCCUCCCCUCUCGUCCCGCGCUCCCCCACCUCAGUGCUCUGUGCUGUAUGCGUGUGCUCUCUGUUCUUGUAUACUCAAUAAAAGUGAAAUAAAUGUGUUUGAUGCUUAACCACAAA